ACGAUACAGUACACCAUUGCACCAUUGCUCGGCACAAUACACCUCAGCAAGCUUUGCCCGUGAUCGUCCCGCUCGUUUUCACUGCAAACAGUAUCGUGAAUCCUCGCGCAUCGCCGUUGUUAGUUUGUGUCCUCUCGUUUUUGCGGCCCGUGUGAUUAGAAAUGGCCGUCAACGUACACUUUACCGGUCAGACGACGGAGAACUUGUCGCGCAUCGAGCUGCUGGCCUGGGUCAACCGGACGCUGCUGUCCGAGUUUAAGAAGGUGGAGGAGCUGUGCACCGGCGCCGCCUACUGUCAGCUAAUGGACGUCCUGUUUCCGGGCUGUCUGGCGCUGAGGCGCGUCAAGUUCUGCACGAACGUGGAGCACGACUUCCUGAACAAUCUGCGCAUGUUCCAGAACGCGCUGAACCAGAUGAAGGUGAACAAAGCCGUACCGAUCGAUCGGUUGGCCAAGGGCCGGUUUCAGGAUAACUUUGAGUUUCUGCAGUGGUUCAAGAAGUUUUACGACGCCAACUACGAUGGGAAGGAGUACGAUCCGCAGAUGGCGAGAAACAAUGCCCCGAUGGGGUACGGUACGCCGAGCACGCUCAGGCCGACCCAACGGCUCAACACCGGUUCGGCUAGGCCGGUUUCGUCUGGUCGGCCGGUAAAGCGGGCGGGUGAUAUGAACGGGUCGGCGGGACGAAAGCACGCAGAGGAGAAAAUGGGCGCCGCUGGCGGUGGAGUUGGUGAUGCUGCUGGAGCACAAGCUGCCGGCGGAGAGAAAACGAACGAUCGGAUCAGUGCGCUCAGUGCGGAGAUUAACGAACUAGCGAUGCAAAUGCAGAACGUGGAGAUGUCGCGCGAGUAUUACUUCAACAAGCUGGUACUGAUCGAGAAUUACAUCAACGAGCAACCAGAGGACAGUCAGGAUGGUUUGUGUGCGAAGGUGAAGGAAAUUAUGUACGCCUCCACAUAGCUUGUUCGUUUUGUUAUCCUUCUCUAUUUUAGUUUAUUUUAGUGUGUUAAUUCAAUGGAAUCAAAUUGUCUUUAAAUUGUUUAUUAAUUAGUUAAUGUGUUGUGUUGCUUUUGCUUUAGCCAGAUACACAUACGCGAUAUGCAGUUUAAUAAAAUCCGGUAGAAGUUGGAAGAGAUGUUUUAAGUA